UUUGCAAGGCGAAACGGCUAUUUGUUCCAUUUAACUUAUCAUGUUUGGCCUCUCUCUAAAUAGCUCAAGCUUAUCAGAGUGGUUGCUGGUGUUCUUUUUGUCGGGGCCCCUUUUGUUCCUCAUAAAAGCCUGCUAUAACCUGUUCUUCCACCCUCUAGCCCAUGUCCCUGGUCCAUUCUGGAGUCGAAUAAGCGGGUUUCCUUCGUGGUAUCAUGCUUGCCGCGGCGACCGCCAUGUUUGGCUAUGGCAGCUGUUCCAAAUCUACGGCGAUAGGAUUCGUUCUGAGCCUGGCGUGGUAUUGUUUUGCGAUCCUCAGUCAUACGCCGACAUCUAUAAUAUGAAGUCAAAUGUGCAGCGGGCCCCUUUCUACAAAACGUUCCAAAGGAACAGGCACGAGUCCAUGGUUGUGACUACAAUUGACGUCGCUGAACAUGCGCGGAGGCGUAAACGCCUCAACCCCAUUCUUCUUAGUGAGAAGUCCAUACGCGCGGCUUCGAAGUUCAUCAUUAAGCACGUUGAACGCUGGGUCCAACUCAUGACAGAAGACAACGAGAUAGCUACCGAGUGGUCUUCUCCCGUGAACUUUUCGAAGAGAACUGACUCUCUUACUUUUGACAUUAUGGGCGAUCUUAGCCUCGGGGUGUCUUUUGACAUUAAAGAGCCCGAGGAUAAUCUUAUGAAAUUAACACCAUUCUAUAUGUUUCAAUGGUUUCGAUUCACCUACAUGAUGGGCCGUGCCCCCUUUUUUAAAUUCCUCAAUUCGAUGAGGCCUUACGGAUUCGACUAUCUCCUCGAAAUCGUAACCCCACCAGGUGUUCAAAAGUUUACUCAAUUUAUCAACAAUAGCGUCACUAAUCGUAUUGCUCUACAAAAAGAGCAAGCGGAAAAGCCUGAAGCUCAGCAGCGUCAAGAUACGUUCCACUUCUUAUACGAAGCGAAAGAUCCCGAGACGGGCGGUCCCGCUUAUGACGAUGCCACUCUACGAGGAGAAACUACUCAGCUUUUGGUCGCGGGAUCUGAUACGACCGCUACCGCUAUUUGUGGUAUAAUUUUCUGUCUCACUGGCGAUCCCCGACGACAGCAGAAGCUCGUGGACGAGAUACUAUCAACAUUCGAAUCAGCAGAGGAUAUCGUCUAUGGACCGAAGCUUCUGGGAUGCACUUAUCUAAGGGCUUGUAUCGACGAGGGGAUGCGCCUUAAUCCCUCACUACCAAGUGACCUUCCCCGAGAGGUACUGAAUGGUGGCCUAACGAUUAAAGGAGAGUACUAUCCCGAAGGCACUAUCGUGGGAAAUGUUCCUUGGGCCCUCACGCGUAACCAGGAAAUUUACGGAGACCCUGAGGUAUUCCGGCCCGAGCGUUGGAUCUUAGACGAAUCGGCCGGGGUGACUCAAGAGACCAUCGCGCAGGCAAAAUCCUGUUUCCACCCCUUCAUCUCCGGUCUGGGCAAUUGUGUCGGGCAGAAUCUAGCCAUGGCGAGUAUCUAUAUCACGAUCGCUCGGCUACUAUACCAACUAGAUGUAAGACGAGUUCCCGGAUCCACCGUUGGAGGCGGUAGUCCUGCGAUGGGGUGGGGAGCAAGGAAUAAAAACCAGCUACAGUUGAAGGAUAUAUUUGGUUCAGCCAGGGAAGGCCCAGAAGUACAGUUUAGGAAGAGGGCAUUCGUAUCCUGA